GCAUCACUGCGCCCGUUGAGCCCAGCCCCUCAGUCGGUGAAGCCGGGAGCGCGCGCGCGGACGUCCGCCAUUUUGUUUACCCGCCACCGUGCUUCAAUCAGAAAACGCACAAUCAAUCAGCAAUAUUUACCCACGGAUAUAACUACUGACAAAGAAUUUGCCAGCAACCUGGAAGAAAAAAUAAUCAAAAUUCUGCCUCUUCUGAUAUUACUUUUUUGUCAUCAGUGUCAGUGUCAGAAUCACAAUAAUAUCAAAGAUGAUAGACGAUAAUUGAGCAAAAUCGUCAGCAUUAACUUUUCUUUUUCAAAACACCUGUGAAAGUGCCACGCUUGUAACCAUGGAGAGGAUUCACUAGCGUUGUGAGCUAACAAGCUCCCAAACCCACGCUUAUCCCAUCAAUGCUAAAUUACAGACUAGUCUCAACACAUUUCUUGAAGCAGCCGUAAAUCUUAUAAAAACAACAUAUAAUAUUGACUGUUUGUGCCGUACCAAUAUGUGCCGCGACCGAGACAUGUCGGUGCAAAGGAGUGACAUCAUCAAAUAGACUGCUCGAACCUUUUAGACUAUAAAGAUAUAAGUUAAGUGUAAAGUUUCCGUCAAAACGGCGCGGGUUUCCGCCCUGCCGUUUCGUUUUGUUUAUUUCCGUUUAUUUUAUAUCAAAGGAUAAGCAAUAACCCGGUAGUUAAGCGUUUGGUUUUGGAUUUCUGGACGGGGUUCAGCCCGUAGGGGCCCCAAGCGACCUGGCCAGCCGCAGUCGCGACAACAUUUCCAGGAUAUUGGACUCCAUAGUUGGUGCUGCAAGAUACUGCAUUAAUCCUCACAUAACGGCCUUUGGAAAUUGGGGAUUUUAUUUCGAGUAAAGUUUUAAGUGAGAAGCGAACAUGGUACAAUUGGAAAUUCAGCAGGGUUACGGGCACGAAAGCGAGUGCUCGAGCGAGCGGCCCGUUGUUAUAACUGGCCCCGGGUGGCGUGCGCAGUGCUGCGAGCGGGAGCGAGCGCGGAACGCGGACGCGAUGGCAGCGCCCGAGUGCGAGCGGGAGGCGCGCAAGCGACGCGAGCGGCGCGACUCUGGCUGCGCGCACGAGCGGAAAGAGAGACGGCCGCACAGCGAAGAGCGAGCGCCACCACCGCCACCUCCGCCACCACUACACGACCAUAAUCGCCUUGAGUCGGAGCGCCGCGCCGAGCGGUUAUCGCGCGCUCGGCGCCCGCAGUUCGGCGGCAAGCGGCGGCGCGCGCCCGCCCGCCAGCACAAGCAACCCAAAGAGAACGAGCUCGAAGACGUGCGGACCGCCACCCCGCCGCACUUCGACUACACCCUGUUGCAGAAACCACAACUAUGCGAGGAGCCAGAGACACUAGAUGCGGGCGCACUCGGCGCGUCGGCCGCGGAGAACGCCGCGGCAGCCGAGCGCAUGCGUCGGGACGAGCGCAGCGUGGCGCCGCACUCGCGCCGCGACCAGCCGGCGCCCGACCGCCGCCUUGACAAGAUCAACAAGAAGAUCAGCGUGCUCAAAAAGAACAUAACGAAGCACGAGGCCGAAUACGAAGCAAAGCACGGCUACGCCAUCACACCAGGCGAGCGCAUCACCGACGUGCAACUCACGCGCAUGUACGAGACGCUGCGGCGGCUCCAGGCGGAGAAGCGGUGCAUCAAAGCGGACCCUGUCGAGUACGCGCUCAAGCUACAGGCCGCUAAGCAGCAGAAAGAGAGAGAUGAUAAGCUGGAUGAGGCGCUGAAGAGUGAGAAAACUAUGACUGAGGUUGUGAGAGAUAUUGAGGAGUGGUUAGAAGGUUGUCGCCAAGCAGCAGGACGUCUCACUAGCGCCGAGGGUUCAUGGUCGAGCGCACAGUUGGCGGCCGAGAAGUCGUGCGUGCAGCGAGCACUGCUGCGACUCGAGGCGGCGCGCGGCCGCCCGCCGGCGCACUCCGCCGAGCGCGGCGCCGCCAGGCACCUCUACGAGAGGUAUAGGGCCGUCAAGCGGUCGCUGGCCUCCUCUAGGCCUGACGCGGUAUGUGGAACAAACGGGGAGUUGGCGACAAUACACGAGCAUGAGGCGAUGCUGUUCAACACCAGCGUGGACAGCUCCAGCGACAGCCAAGAGAAACCUUCCGACUCUUCACAUGAAACAACAGAAACGCCUCUCCAGUCGCCACCCACUCGCGACGGCGAAGAGCCGCCCUCCUCCACCUCGUCCGCCAAGUCUGGCACCACCAGCGAGGAAGCCACACCGUCCAACGAGGGCCUGCACUGCCUCGGCCUCGAAGACUUGGCCAGAGCUCUUGGCGAAGCGAAACUGCAGAAAUGUGUAUUGCGAAGGAGCAUAAAAGAAUACGAAGUAAGCUUCGAACUCCAAAACAGUAGGAAGGUCCAGCGCGACGACAAGAAAGGCCGCGAGGAGGAAUAUCUCCGCUACAAGGCAGUGAAGGCAAGAAUCAAACUAAUCAAUGCCCUUAUAAACAAACAAAAGACUUUAAACUUUUGAACCUCGAACUGAAGCUACACUCGAGAAACGCAAAUGCUACAAGCCAAACUUUUGUCAUUGCA